AUGAAAUAUAUGCUCACACAUAAGAAUACAAAUAGCGUGUAUGCAGCACUCAACACUCUCAGUGCUAUCAAAGAUGAGAUAGAAAGUCAACAGGGCAAAGAAAUGCUGGUGUGUGGCAAAGAAGGAAUUGAAGGGUAUGUAAACCCUGGCAUGCCCCUCUGCUAUUUUCCAGAAAACAGCCAUGUGGUCAUUACAUUUUCUAAAACAGAAAAAGAACAGAGAGAAGAUGAGCCAGUGUAUGGUUGGCAGGACCAUGUGUGUAUUGACUACGUGAAAUUUUAUAUUCAUGCAGUUGGGAAGAGGAAUGAAAGAAUUCUCAAGUUUAGAGAACUUCACCAAGAGGGGAACAAACUCUGUGUGUAUGGCUUCAAGGGAGACACCAUUAAAGAAACUCUGAGGAAGGAUGGCAGAUUUUACUCCUUUUCCAGUGACUCGGUUGAGCUCAUUGUUUGGAACAACAAGGGAAAUGAAGGUUGUGCUACCUGCUUUGUUUUAACAGGGCUGUACAUUUUCACUUGCUGGCAUGUGAUCAAUGACAUCAUGGGUGAAAGGAUAGAGCAAAGUAAGUGGGCAGAUAAAACUAGUCAAUGUGUGAAAGUCACGUUUGAUUAUGAAGAGUUCCUGACAAAAGAAGACAACUCCUUUUUCGUUGAACCCUGGUUUGAGAUGUCUGAUUACAUCAUUGACUAUGCUGUCCUGAAACUGAAGAAAAAUGGGCAAGAACCUUCAGAGUUGUAUAAUGGAAUGGCUCCUGUACCAUCCAGUGGGUUGAUAUACAUCAUUGGUCAUCCUGAUGUCAAACAGCUUAGUGAUGGCUGUGUUGUGAUUUCUCAAGAUGAGCACAUUCAGGAAAGAGAGGUAGUAGAGGGCAGUAAUACUAUGCAAUAUAUCUGUAUGUACACCCAAAGGAGUUUCCAAGAAACAGGUCAUGAACCUGGUGUGGUUACCUGUGACAACACUUUUUACUGUGGGUCUUCUGGAUCCCCUAUAUUUGAUUCUAACGGGCCACUGGUAGCCAUGCACACUGCUGUCUUCAUUUGUGAGUAUGAAAGUGGCGUUUCCAGUAUCUCAGCAUUUGGCUCUUCUAUAAAAUGCAUCCUAAGUGAUAUUAAACAAAAGAUAAAACCUGGUGUGAUGAGGAAUGUGUACAUCGGCAGGAUGUAG